AUGGUUCAACAGAACGGGAAGUCCACUUCGGUGGUCACUUUGAGCGAGAACUACCCAAAAGAGCGCCCGAAGAACUAUGGCACUCUAGAACCAAGUGGUGAAACUACUGAAAAGAACAACCCUUUUCUAGACCCCGAUGUCGCAGAAUACUGGCGAGGGGUCUACGACAAGGCACAAUAUGAAUGUCGGGAGGUUUUCGACCCUUCCUUGACAUGGACGGAGGAGGAGGAAAGGCAGUUGGUUCGCAAGCUUGAUUGGAGAAUUUGCUUAUGGGCUUGCGUCAUGUUCUUCGCACUUCAGGUCGAUCGAGGGAACCUUGUCCAGGCAGUGUCCGACACUUUCUUAAAAGAUCUAAAGCUCAACACAAAUGAUUAUAAUUACGGAAACAUCGUCUUCCGAGUCUCAUUCCUUUGUGCAGAAUUACCGUCGCAGCUAGUAUCAAAGAAAAUCGGACCGGAUCGUUGGAUUCCUAUUCAGAUCGUGCUGUGGUCGGUGGUUGCCAUCUCACAAUGCGCCCUGACAGAUCGGAGGACAUUCCUGAUCACACGCAGCUUGUUGGGUAUACUAGAGGGUGGAUUCAUUCCAGAUAUCGUGUUGUGGCUCUCGUAUUUCUAUACUUCCCGCGAGCUUCCAAUCCGUCUGAGCUUUUUCUGGACUUCACUCUCUGUGACGUCAAUUGUUACAUCGCUGCUUGCUUUCGCAGUCUUCCACCUUAGUGGCGUUCAUGGCUGGGCUGGCUGGCGGUGGCUCUUCCUCAUCGAAGGACUGAUCACCCUCUCCAUCGGUCUAGCCUCAUUCUUCAUGAUGCCAGCAUCGGUAGUUCAAACCAAAACCUGGUUCAGACCCAAAGGAUGGUUCACCGAUCGCGAAGUUGCGAUCGUGGCUAAUCGCGUCCUCCGCGAUGAUCCUUCCAAGGGCGACAUGCAUAACCGUCAAGCCGUGACUCCUCGAAGACUCUGGAACGCCAUCAAGGACUAUAACAUGUGGCCCCUUUACUUUAUCGGACUGGUUGUUUAUAUCCCACAAUCACCACCAACCUCCUACAUUACCCUCACUCUCCGUUCACUCGGGUUCGACAAAUUCAACACUAAUCUACUCACGAUCCCAGCGAGCGUGUUCCAUAUCGCCAAUCUACUUCUGAUCACCUGGGUUUCCAGCCGGUUGAAUCAGUGGUCACUGAUUGCCAUGUUCCAGGGUCUCUGGACGCUUCCAUGCUUAAUUGCGCUGCGAGUCUGGCCUGAUGUGAUUUCUAAUGCCUGGGGAACGUAUGCAGUAGUGACCGUUCUGCUGAGCUACCCCUACUGUCAUGCCAUCGUGGUUGCAUGGGUGUCCAGAAACGCAAAUAAUGUCGGAAAUCGCUCGGUAGCAGCUGCACUCUACAACAUGUCCGUGCAAGCAGGAGAUGUCGCUGCAUACUUCAUAUACAGAGAAGACGACAAGCCCAAAUAUAGAAGAGGAAACACCAGUCUGAUCGCCAUUAAUGUCCUGGCAAUCUUCCUAUUCCUUGCAGCAAAAGCAUACUAUGUGUUCCAGAAUCGGAGGCGGGACAAGAUCUGGAAUGCGAUGUCUGAAGAUGAACGGAACGAUUAUAUCAAAAACACUGAGCAUCAAGGAAGCAGCAGGUUGAACUUUAGGUUUGCACACUGA